AUGCGAAUGUUAUACGCGGUGGGCGGCGCACGAGUCGGUUCGUCCGGCGGCGUCUACCGGAAUCGUCUGCGAUGGUCGUCGACGGUGCAGUUGGCUGACAGUCGGCUGAGACGCGCGGAUUACGUGACGAGAGGACGAGACGAAGCGGACCACGGGCGCACAGGAUCGGCGGCACCGGUGUUAUAUACGCUCCGGCCGGCCGUCGCGCGACUGUUGGAAACGCGUUAG